AUGAGUGCUCAAACAACACCAAAUAAAUUCGUUAAUCAAUUAACAAGCAGUUUAAUUAAAAAAAAUGCGAACUUACUUGGUUGCCCAGCAGGCAAAUGGUUAUUAGUAUUUAUUGAUGAUUUAAAUAUUCCACAAGUUGAUUCAUUUGGUGAUCAACCAACACUCGAAACAUUACGAUAUAUUUUACAAACAGGAUCAGCUAUUGAUCCAGCAAAGAAUCAAAUACGUCCACUAUCAGAUAUAACAGUUAUAACAGCUUGUGAUUCACCAUCAUCAGGUCGUUCUGUACCAUCAAAACGCUUACUUCAAUCAUUUUCAAUAUUUGCAUUACCUGAUCCAGCAGCUAAACAAUUAUUUCAUAUAUAUAGCGUUCGUCUAGGUCGAUUUUUAAAUAGUGUAGAUUUUCCAGUUGAUGUACGUUCAUCACUUUAUCUUCUUGUAUCAGCUUGUCUUGUUAUGUAUUAUCGUGUUUCAAUUAAUAUACUUCCAACACCAUCAAAAGUUCAUUAUAUAUUUAAUUUAAGAGAUUUAGCUAAACUUGCACAAGGUAUUAUGCAAGCAUCACCGAAAAAUACAAUCAAUCAAGAUUCAUUAGCUAUUCUAUUUGCUCAUGAAUGUUUACGUGUUUUUGCUGAUCGUUUAGUAACAGAAAAUGAUUUAAAUAUUUUUUAUAAACAUUUAAAUGCAACAAUGUUAGGUUAUUUUAAAAUAUCAUUAGAUAUAUCAAAAUAUAUUGAAAAUCCAUUAUUAUAUUGUAAUUUUUUAAAAUCUGAUGAUCGUUUAUAUCAACAAUUACAUGAUUGGCAUCAAUGUUGUUCAAUUUUUUUGGAUUAUCAAAUGAGACAUAAUUUAAGUGAACAUUCAACACUUAAUAUGGUUUUUUUUAAAGAAGCUGUUGAACAUGUUUUGAGAAUAUGUCGAGUUUUACAACAACCAGGUGGACAUCUUUUAUUAAUUGGUCUUGAUGGUACUGGAAGAAAGACAUGUUUACAAUUAUCGGCUUUUAUUUCUGGUCAUUUAAUGUUUCAAUUGAAUAUAAAACGUGGAUAUUCAUAUCAAGAUUUUAAAGAUGAUUUGAAAAUUGAUAGUUUUAUCGAAGAUAUUGAAAGCAUUCUUAAUUCUGGUACUGUUGUUGAUUUAUUUGAACCCGAUGAAUUCGAUGCACUUACAAUGGAUCUUAAAAAUGAUGCAUAUUCAGCUGGUAUGAAUGAUACACCUGGUCAACUUCGUGAAUUCUUUUAUGAACGUGUUCGAACAAAUCUUCAUAUAAUUGUUUCAUUUUCUCCAGCUGGUAAUAAAUUUCGUGAAAUAUGUCGUUUACAUCCUGCUUUACUUAAUUGUACAAGUAUUGAUUGGUUUACUGAAUGGAGUGAAAUAUCAAUGAGUCAAGUAGCUGAUGUUUUUCUUGAAACAAUUGAUUUCAAAAUUUUAUCAUCUGAUAAUGCAACAAUUAAUGAAAAUGAUUUUUGUCAUCGUUUAGCACUUUGCUGUGUCUCUAUACAUAAAAUUGUUAUUGAAAUAGCAAAACGUUUUUAUGCAGCACAUAAACGAAUUUAUUAUCUUACACCAUCAUCUUAUAUGGAUUUAAUGAAAACUUAUGGGAUAAUGAUGGCACAAACAAAACAAGAUUUUCUUACAAGUUAUAAUCGAUUAUCAUCGGGUCUUGCAAAAUUAUCUGAUGCAAAUGCUAGCGUAAGCAUUAUGCGUGAUGAACUUGCCGUACUUGGACCACAAAUUGAUGCUAAAGAAAAAGAAAUCGAACAAUUAUUAAGUCAAUUACAAAAAGAUCAAAUAGCUGUACUUGAAGUAAAAGAAAUUGUUGAAGUUGAAGAACAAAAAGUUCGUCAAGAUACAGAUAUGGUUGAACGAUAUGCUACACAAGCUGAACUUGAUCUUAAAAAUGUAAUACCUGUAUUAGAUGAAGCUAUGGCUGAUGUAUCACAACUUGAUAAAGCUGAUGUAGCUGAAGUUCGAGUUUAUCAAAGUCCACCAUAUCAAGUUAUGAUGGUUAUGUGUGCUGUUUGUGUUCUUCUAGACUGUAAACCCGAUUGGGCAACAGCUCGACAAGUCCUUGGAGAUUCAGGUUUUAUUAGUCGUUUAACUAAUCUUGAUAUAAAUCAUAUAUCUGAUCGAACAUAUCGAAAAUUAUUACAAUAUUCUCGUCAUCCACAAUUUACACCUGAACUUAUUGGUAAAGUUUCAUCAGCAUGUCGAUCAUUUUGUAAAUGGGUUCUUGCUAUUCAACGUUAUCAUGAAGUCUAUCGAACAGUUAAACCAAAAGAAGAAAAAUUAAAAACAGCUAAUGAAGCAUUAGAUGUUAUGCGUAAAAGUUUAAGUCGAAAACAAGAAAUGCUUAAACUUGUUAAAGAUCAUUUACAAGAAUUAGAAGAUAAAUAUCGAAAUAGUAUUGAAGAAAAACAAGCUUUAUAUGCACGACGUGAAUUAAUGAAACAACGUAUGGCACGUGCACAUGAAUUAACAAACGUUUUAGCUAUUGAAAAAGUUCGUUGGCAAGAACAAUUAACACAACUUGAAGAACAUGUACGUUCAUUAAUUGGUAAUGCAUUAUUAUCAGCUGCUGCAAUUAAUUAUUUUGGACCAUUUAAUACUGAAUUUCGACAUGAACUUAUGAAAGAUUUUCAACAAGUUCUUAAUAAUAAUAAUAUCAAUUUUUCAGCUGAUUUUAAAUUAGCAUCAAUUUUAUCAACACCAAGUGAAAUAAGAAAUUGGAUUAGUCAACAAUUACCUGAUGAUGAAUGUUCAAUUGAAAAUGCUGUUCUUGUUAAACAUUGUACUAAAUGGCCAUUAUUAAUUGAUCCACAACGACAAGCUAUUCAAUGGAUUCGAACAAAAGAAGUAGAAAAUAAUUUACUUGUGAUAACAGCUGAUGAUUCAACAUUAUUACGUGUAUGUGAACAAUGCAUUCGACUUGGUUUACCAUUAAUUAUUGAAAAUGUUGGUGAAACAAUUGAAUCAUCAUUACUACCAUUACUUGAUCGUGAUAAAUUUAAACGACCAAGUUCAUCUAUUGGUACAAUACGUUUUAAUGAUAUUGAUAUUGAAUAUAAUCCAAAUUUUCGUGUUUAUUUUAUAACACAAUUAAAUAAUCCACAUUUUUUACCAGACAUUUGUAUUCGUGUUACAUUAAUUAAUUUUACUAUAACACAAAAUGGUUUAGAACAUCAAUUAUUAAGUCUUGUUGUUUUAAAUGAAGAACCACAUUUAGAAUAUGAACGUAAAGUAUUAUUAGAAACUAUGGCACAAGAUUUAAAAAGUUUACGUGAUUUUGAAGAUCGUACAUUAGAAAUGUUAACAACAUCUGAACAACAUUUACUUGAUCGUCAUGAUCUUAUUGAUAAUUUAACACGAUCUAAAAUAACAAGUGAUGAAAUAGCAAAUCGUUAUCAUGAAAAUGAAUCAAAUGAACGACAAAUAAAUUUAGCUCGUCAAUGUUAUGUUUCAUUAGCUAAACGUGGUUCAUUACUUUAUUUUCUUAUUAAUCAUUUAUCACGUUUAAAUAUAAUGUAUCAAUUUUCUUUAACAUGGUUUCAACGUACAUUUCAUUCAUGUAUAUUAGAUCAUGAUUCAACACGUCGUAUGAGUAUGACAAAUUUAUCAAACGAAUUAGAUCCUUUACAACGUUUAACAAGACAACGACGAUCUAGUUCAUUAUUAAGUAGUUUAAUUAGUUCACCACGACAAAGUAUAAGUGAAGAAUUAACACGUGAACAAAUACCAAUAAAUCUAACAAGAACAAGACAUAAUACAAAAUCAUUUGUAUCAACAAUAACACCACAACAACGAGCAGCUACACUUCGUCUUAUGGUUGAUCGUUUAACUUAUACAAUAUAUCAACUUGUUUCAUGGAGUCUUUUUGCUGAACAUCAAUUAUUAUUUUCAUUUUUAUUAACAACAACAAUUGAACGAGAAACAAAUAAUGAUGAAAAAACUAGAUAUAUGGCAACUGCAUCGGAUAUUAUACAAGAAGAAGAAGGAGGAGACGAACAACAACAACAACAACAACAACAUAUAAAUGAACUUGAAGCAAAAUUACCAUGUAUAACACAUGAUGAAUGGACUUUAUUUAUGAGUCCACUUUUAAGUACCAUAAAUGAAGAUAAAUUAUCAUUUGUUAAUGAUUUAUUAGCAUCAUUAUAUUCCGUAUGUCAACAUUUAUUACAUGAUACUAAUCAAGAAUUUUUUAAACAUUCAAAUCCUUAUUUAUAUUUAACUCGACAUGAUCAUCAUAGUCGUUUAUCUCGUUUUCAAUGUAUUUUAAUUAUAAAAAUUCUUCGACCUGAACUUUUACUUCCAUCAAUAUCACAAUAUGUAGCUGAACAAAUGGGUAGUAAAUUUUUAUCAUCAGGUUUUGCUGAUAUACAAGAUAUUUAUACACAUUCAUCACCACAAGCACCUAUUAUUUUGCUUCUUUCAUCGGGAACUGAUCCAACUAAUCUUCUUCUUCGUUUUGCGAAAGAAACACGUGGAAGUGCAUCACAUCUUGAUGUUAUUUCAUUAGGUCAAGGUCAAGGACCUAAAGUUGAAGAAGUUUUAUCAAAAGCAUUAACAUUAAAAGGUCGUUGGAUAUUUUUACAUAAUUGUCAUUUAAGUGCAUCAUUUAUGCCAAGACUUCGAGUUCUUGUUAAUAAUUUUAGUAAACCCGGUCUUGAACUUGAUAGUCAAUUUCGAUUAUUUCUUUCAACAAAACCUGAUGUUCAUUUUCCUCUUGAACUUUUACAACUUGGUCUUAAAAUGACUAUUGAAUGGCCAGUAGGUCUAAAAAGUAGUCUUCUUCAAACAUUUGGACCAACUGGUAUUGUAAAUGAAAAAGUCUAUGAUAAUGAAACAUUAGGUCCAUAUUGGCGUCGUUUAGUAUUUAAUUUGGCAUUUUUUCAUGCUGUUAUUCAUGAACGUAAAAAAUUUGGAGCAUUAGGAUGGAAUUUAUCAUAUGAAUUUAAUCAAUCUGAUUUGGAAGUAGCUGUACUUGAAUUAGAAAGUCUUGUUCAUCGUUCAAAAAAUCAAAUACCACCGUUUGAUGUUUUUUGUUAUCUUGCUGGUUCAGUUGUUUAUGGUGGUCGUGUUACAGAUGAAUUUGAUCGACGAAGAUUAUUACGUAUUAUUGAACGAUUCUAUUGUCCUGAAACAUUAAAAGAAGAUUAUUCAUAUGCAGGAGAUGAUACAUACAAAGCACCAAAUUUAGAUUUAAAUUUUUCUGGUCUUCUUUCAUAUAUAAAUGCUCUACCAGAUUUUGAUGAUCCACGUGUAUUUGGUAUGCAUCCAAAUACUAAUCGAGCAUUAAUGUAUGUUCAAGCAAAUCAAUUAGUUGAUAUGUUAGUAGCAAUUGAACCACAAUAUCGAAUGAUGAUUUCAUUAGGUGCUUCAUCCGAUAGUGAUGCUGCUUGUAUGACAAUUAUCAAUGACAUUACAGCAAAAUUACCACAUUUUAUUGAAACUGGCUAUGGUCCACAAGCACGGCAUAUUACGUUUGAAAAUGCAUUAGCAAAAAUAAGUGAUAAAUUAGAAAGUAAAUAUCAUGCUUAUUCAGUAUUUUUCUCAUUACUUAAACAAGAACUUCGUGCAUAUAAUGAAUUACUUGAAUUAAUCCAUACAACAUGUAAUGAUCUACGUCGUGCAUUAGUUGGUGAAACAGUUGUCAGUGAAAUUUUAGAAGAAACUCAACGUACAUUAUUAAUGCAUGAAAUGCCUCGUGUUUGGAAAAAAAAAUCAUAUCCAUCAACAAAAUCACUUCUAGCAUGGAUAGCUGAUAAUCUUAUACGAAUAGCAUUUUUUAAAGAAUGGACUCGAUUAAUAGUAACUUAUGUCGAAGAUAAAGCUUCAUCACCAUUACCACCUAUAUUCAAUAUUGGUGCAUUUUAUUAUCCGAAAGGGCUUUUUUCGGCUAUUCUUCAAAGUUCAGCUCGAUCAAUUGCAUUACCUAUUGAUCAAUUAAAAUUUACCUAUCAAGUAUUAGAUAAUAAUGAAGAAUGUCAAAUGCUCCAAUCAUCUACUUCAACAAAUGAUAUUGCUAAUGGUAUUACCAUUGAUGGAAUCUAUAUAGAUGGUGCACAAUGGGAUAAUGAACGUCAUCAGAUUAUUGAUUGUACAAGUCAACAACGAACUCAUCGUUUACCACCUCUUCUUUGCAAGCUAAUACCGAAAAGUAUUGAGAAUGUAGAUUCAACGAAUGUUUAUGAAUGCCCGGUGUAUCUAACAGCAUUACGAGCAGUCAGUGCGAGUGAAGCAGCAAAACAUCUUGUUGGUACAAUUACAAUCCCAUGUUCAGAAACGGAAUCAUUUUGGACAACACGAUCAAUUGCUGGUAUUCUUGAAGUUAAUGAAUAA